AUGGCGGAUCCAACAUAUACAAUAUGGGUGCGGGUGCCUAUUCCGAGAGGUGACUUCGUUGAUCCCCCACAGGUACACCUGACCGUGAUGGUUCAUCUGCACGUUAAUUGGGAUUCUGGAAAGGAUGAGGCACUGUGGAAGAUACUAUCUGGCGCUGCGCAGACGGAAAUUGAUUCGGAGACAUUCGAUGUCCCCGUGGACUUUCUUUUGCGACAGGUUGCUUAUAUUACCGAACGACAUGCAUCCCAAGUACGUGCUCAAGUCCGUAAGGCGACCGCGGCAGCUAAAGUCGGAUCGAGUGCGCCAUCACCGGUUCCUGGCUCCGAAUCAGCUGGCUUUCGAUCGUUACGGCGAAACUCCCUGACGGCCCGAGCUGGCGGCAGCGGAGCUGGUACACCCCUCAACGCAUCGAUACGGCCGAUCAUAUCUCGAAACCCAUCAACUAGCACCGCCGUCCUUAGAGAUGCAGGUGGCUCAUCAUCACCUAGGCUAGGGAAGCCUAAUCCUUUGGGUAGGCCUGCCGAACAAAGUGGGAGGAGGAGGCUCUCUUCGUUGCCCAUCACAUCAACACCCGACCCCGAUCCCGAAAGCCCGCCAUCCCCUGGCCCAGCUGAAUCCGAUUCCACAUUGACAUCGGACGACGAAUCUAGUCCAGCGCAGUCCCGGAUCAUCCGUCGACCGCCUCGCUUCCAGCAGCAGGAUAAUUCUACCGACUAUGCUGAUGACGAGGAAGAGGAAUCAGAACCUGCAUUCCAGCCAUGGCCAAGUUCGAACAAAAAUCAGACCUCGGCUCAAGACCUGACAUCUACACUUCGGGGCGAUAAUAGAGAAAAAUUCAAACGAACGCCUAAGAGUUUGGGGAAGAAGCCGGUUCAUCAUUCACCUUCACAGACAUCCGAUUCAGAUGCUGGCUCGGUAGCAACGGGGGGUGGGAUGGAAAAAUCACUCGAACACGGGAAGCCAAGUCCUCUUUCGCCUCGGAGAACCGCUGAAUUGGCGGGAAGAAGCCCUGGUAGUAAAGGGUACUCCAGAGAUGGCAGCGAUGGCACUCCUAGCAUGGGCAGCAGCUUUAGUGAUCUUGACGAUGCAUCUGUCACGCAGUCUGCGCUUGAGGAGGCAUUGGCUAGUCAUAUGAAUCGCGGAGCUGGGAGCCGCUUCAGCAUCAGUCAGGCAUUCCGAAGCCGGUAUACUCCCACCUCGAUCAUCAUGUUUCGCCGUCUCCCUUCCGGCUUGCCAAAGGACGCCGACUUCCCUGCGGAUUUAGAGAAACUCGGGUAUUUUGUCAAUGAUGGCGACGAGAUUCGAUCUAUCGAGGAUCCGGACUACUAUUUCAAGUACUUCCUGAGCAAGAAUGAGCGAGUCAACCAGCGCCAGCGAUUUUCUUUCAACCAAGCCCUUGAGAACAUAAUCCAUCAGCGACUCACCGAGAGGGGCCUUGAGAAGAUCCGACUCCCCCUCGGAACUCCGCCCUCGAAGCCUCAUGUGCCAAUAUUCGCCGACGCCGACCUCAAGUCGAAGAAGCGCGUCAUCGUCAUCUUCGGACAGAUGUCGCAGGACCUGGGCGUCCUCGCCGGCCGCAUCGCCAACGGCGCCGGGGGGAUCAACACAGGCAGCAUGGUCUCCGUGGUGGACGCCGCGCGGGUUGAGACCUCGCCCGGCGAGGAGGCGCCCGGACUCGUCCUGGCGAACAUGGGACAGCGGCGCUGGUGGCCAGAGGGGCAGCGGGCCGUCACCUCGACCGGCUGGCUGGCCACUCCGCUCCCAAGCUUGGUGCACGCGGGCAGGAGGCAUGUGCCGGAGGUGAAUGAUAUCCCGGGCAACGAGACCGGGCAGGACCACGUCCGCUGCGUUUUCGACGAGGUCCUGGCCCAGAUGGUGGAUAAGGACGCCGUGAUCGACAUCAUCACGAUCGAUGCCAUGACAAGUGAGGAGGUCGAGAAGUUCCUCGACAAGAACUGGGAAGUUUGGGGACAAAGGCUUAGCUCUAUGGCUAUUCUGGAGACUCUCUAUUCUGCCUACCAGCUGACUUCUCAGCCCUUCAAGGAUUUCUUGGCCAAGCGUUGCCGCAGCUACAUCGUCUCUGACCAGCCCUUCGAUACCCCGAUUGCGCCCCCAGAGGGAAUCGAACACCGCGGCCUUCAGCCCUACGGCAUGCCGGUUUACUCCUCCUCCGAGCCGAACCACGUCGAGUGCAUUCUCAUCACCGCACUCAAACCCAUCAUGUCCUUCCUCCACCGCUAUGCCAUGAACCCAGAUGCUAAGAACGAACGGGUGAUAAUCGAGGCGGACAUUGAUGUGGAGCAGGCAAGUUUGGAGGAGAUUGAAAAGUCGUGGGCUGCGGCAGAUGAUGAUGCGAAGCCCAUGGUUGCGAUUCUCAACCAAGACUACCUCAAGGCAGAGGCGAAGAAGGCCAAUGCUUGGAGACGCUUCCAGGAGACUGGCGAGGCGUCAAUUUUUGAGGAGGAGACUAAAGAGGGCAGCAAGGUGGAAUGA